UUGCCCAUUCAUCCUGGAAGCUCGGUGGCGUGUCUCGACUGGCCAUGGCGCCUGGGCUCCCUCUGGUCAAGUAGAAAUGGCUACACCUCUGAGUUUUCCUGGUCCCGAUGGUCUCCGAGGCCGCCGAGUCCAACGCGCUAAGAGCUGCUCGGCUCUAGGAAACACCAGUACUUUCCCCAGCCCCGCAAGGGGGCGAAAUGUGACCCUCAACCUCGUAUGGAACCCAAAGCACAUCCCUCCCGCGCCACAUUGAGUCCGCUUCCUGCAGAAUAAGUGCCGCCAUCGGAUCCGCCCUCCUAGAGGACUAGGCAGCCCCCAGUCUGAGGACGCGCUCCAUCUCCUUCCAGAUCUCGGUCCCGUUCCCCAGGACUCAGCCUGGACAGAGGCCGGCUUCCAGUCCGCCACUAUCCCAGGAUUCCCAACUCCGGUUUCCUGCCCUUCUCCCCUCCCAGGUCCCGGCGCCUGCCGGAGCCGCAAGAUGGCGGACGGGGAAUGCUUCGCGGAAGCCGCGCGGGCUGUGGGGUGUCCCCAUGCACCUGCUCCCGGCUUGGGCCUGGGCCCGCCGCUGGGCUGGAAAGAGCGGCUGAAGGCCGGGCUGGCGAACUCGGGCUCCACGCUGUGGUUCCUGGCGGGGCUGGGGCUGCUUUACGCUCUGAGGGUCCCGCUGAGGCUAUGUGACAACGUGACAGCGGCUGAUUGUCAAACCUGUGCUGCAGUUUGCCGGCCCCUCCCUAGAGCGCUGAAGGCUCGCCCUCUCUAUUACCGCAGGAAAAGCUACCUGACAAGCAGCAAAGCUCCAGUGACAGGGUUUUUAAGUUCAUUGACACCCAAGUUCUAUGUGGCACUUACAGGGACAUCUUCUUUGAUAUCUGGACUAAUAUUUAUAUUUGAAUGGUGGUACUUCCAUAAGCAUGGCACAUCUUUUAUUGAGCAAGUGUCUAUAAGCCAUUUACGACCACUGAUGGGAGGAACAGAGAGUAGCAUUUCAGAUCCAGGUUCUCCUACCAGCAACAGAGAAAGUGAAACCCUGAGACACCACCAUCUAUCAGAAUGCAAGGUCUGGAGAAACCCUUUAAACCUCUUUAGAGGAGCAGAAUAUAGGAGAUACACUUGGGUGACUGGUAAAGAGCCACUUACUUACUAUGACAUGAACUUGUCUGCCCAGGAUCACCAGACCUUUUUCACCUGUGAAACAGACUUUUUACGUCCUUCAGACACAGUUAUGCAGAAGGCAUGGAGGGAAAGAAAUCCUCCAGCUCGAAUCAAAGCAGCCUAUCAAGCUUUAGAGUUAAACAAUGACUGUGCCACUGCCUACGUUCUGCUGGCCGAAGAGGAAGCAACAACCAUCGUAGAUGCUGAAAAGUUAUUUAAACAGGCGCUCAGGGCGGGGGAGAUCAUUUAUAGACGGUCACAGCAGUGCCAACACCAGAGUCCUCAGCAUGAAGCUCAACUGAGGCGAGAUACCAAUGUACUUGUAUAUAUAAAAAGAAGAUUGGCAAUGUGUGCAAGAAAAUUGGGAAGAAUAAGAGAAGCAGUGAAAAUAAUGAGAGAUUUGAUGAAAGAAUUUCCUCCUCUUACCAUGUUGAACAUCCAUGAAAACCUCUUAGAAUCACUUCUAGAAUUGCAGGCCUAUGCAGAUGUUCAGGCAGUCCUGGCAAAAUACGAUGAUAUAAGCCUUCCAAAAUCGGCAGCCAUCUGCUACACAGCAGCACUGUUGAAAACAAGGACUGUUUCAGAUAAAUUCUCUCCAGAAACAGCAUCCAGAAGAGGGUUAAGCACAGCAGAAAUUAAUGCUGUGGAAGCAAUUCAUAGAGCUGUGGAAUUUAAUCCCCAUGUUCCCAAAUACUUACUAGAGAUGAAAAGUUUAAUUUUACCUCCGGAACACAUCCUGAAGCGAGGAGAUAGUGAAGCAAUUGCCUAUGCUUUCUUUCAUCUGCAGCACUGGAAACGGAUAGAAGGUGCUCUGAACCUCUUGCAGUGUACGUGGGAAGGCACUUUUAGAAUGAUUCCAUACCCAUUAGAGAAGGGACAUCUAUUUUACCCUUAUCCCAGCUGCACAGAGACUGCUGAUAGAGAGCUAUUGCCUACUUUUCAUCAUGUUUCUGUUUAUCCAAAAAAGGAGCUUCCUUUCUUCAUCCACUUUACAGCAGGACUCUGUUCUUCUACAGCAAUGAUAGCGUUUCUCACGCACCAGUUCCCUGAAGUCAUGGGUGUCUUUGCUAAAGCCGUGAGUAUGAUCUCAAGGACUUGUGUGGAGUAUUUAUAAAACACCACGGGAAAGCCUCUCUGGUGUCUGUGCUAACCUACACGGACCAUGAAAGAUGCUCACAAACGGCAAGAACUGCUCUGUAAUGCUCCUACCGUAAAUAUGUCAGCCAUGAAUUCUGCUGAUGUCAACUUACUUCUGUUACUUAAAAGUUUAAGAAUACAAUGCUAUAACAUUAUAAA